CGACGCUUCACGGCGCGUGAGGUGACGGAACGAUCGGUAAACCCGUGCGCUGAUCGUUUGUGAUUCGAUCUUUCGUUGAAUUUCCGCGGACUAUCCCUAUUGUUUCCUGUCUCGCUACCGCGAUCGCCUGGACAUCUCACCUUCCCCGUCAUCCGCUUCCAGAAUUCGAGAAUGGAGAGUGAGAGUCGUCAGGCCUGUCAAGUGGCCACAAAAGCGGUGGACCAUCAGAUCUUUAAGAUACACAAUCCAGAUGACUUCAACCGGAUUACCAGAGGGAUCAAGGUUGCACAAUGUAUGCAAUCGCGAUCGUCCUGCGUAUCUGACAGCGAGACAGUGCUGAGCCAGUUGGAGGAGCUGGUUGUGUCGGACUCGUUGAGUUGUUCCUUCUGCAAUACCGUGUUCGAGGACAAGAUGCAACAGAGACACCAUUACAAACUAGAUUGGCACUGUUACAAUCUUAAGCAACAUCUGAAUGGUCUCAAGUCAAUUAGCGAGGACAAUUUUAACUUGCUGGUCGACGAAGGCGUCGUGUCUAGUCUGUCCGGUAGCGAGACAGAGUCCGAAAAUGAGGACGAAGCUGGUACUUCGGAGACUGGUAGCUCGCUCAAUAAUGACCAGACCAAGAGCGAGUUCGCGAGUAAAAAUGACACGGUACCUAUCAGCGAGAGGUCUGGCAAGACGGAGAGACAGGGCGGCAAGGGUAUCGAGUUCAUCUCGGACAGUUCCGAUACCGAGUGUAACGAGGAGAUGUUCAAGAAGAAGAAGCUACAAGCUCUGUUAGCCAUUGCCAGCCGUCACUCGAAGGUAUUCUUUGAGAACGAAGACGGCAACAUAUUCAGCAUCUAUCGAUGUUUGCUGCACCACAAGAAGGACAUUCCUGAAGUAGACAAUGAGAUGAUCACUCAGGCAUUGAACAGCGGUAAAAAGACCACGUGGACGAUCAUCAUGGUCGGCGGUGGACACUUCGCCGCGGCUGUGUUCCAAGACGGCGAGCCUAUCGUGCAUAAGACCUACCAUUCUUACACCGUGCGUGCGAAACAAGGUUUCGCUCAGAGCUCUCGUACGACGGGCAACCACCAGAAGAGCGCCGGUGCCAGUCUGCGGAGAUACAACGAGGCGUCUCUUAUUCAGCAUGUGCAAGAGAUACUGGAGUCGUGGUCGACGCACAUCAGCAAUUCGACGCUGAUUUUGUAUCGAGCGGUCGGCCCGUUUAAUCGCACGGUGCUCUUCGGCGGCAAAAAUCCCCCGUUAGACAAGAACGACUCCAGACUGAGACCGCUGCCGUUUCCCACACGCAGAGCCACGUUUAAGGAAGUGAAGAGAGUGUACGAUAUACUGAGCACCAUGGAGAUUUACGGCUCCGCGGCUAACUUUACGGACUGUUUUCCUAACUCGCCACGACAGCCCAUACGCAAGAAAGUCCCCAAGCCGGAACUGAUGGACGAGAUACCCGAGGGAAGCAUCGGCGCUGAGUGUCAACCUAAUGUGACACACAGUUGUACCAGUAGUUCUCAGGAAGGCGAUAAAGUUAAAACUGCGGCCCCGCAGUCCUCGCCGGAGAGACAACACAAGAAUUCGCGUUCGCACAUAGACAGAGCGAAGCCGAGGAAAAGUCCGAUUCGUCCGUUGCCAGAUAUCGUCGCUAGACUAGCUCAAUCCUCUUCUUCGGAGUCGGAAGUGGACGAGAAUUUGCCGCUGAGUAUUUCAAUAGUUGAACAAGACUUGGAGAUAGAAUUUAACGAACAUUUAUUAGCCUUUCAAGACACUGUGCCAAGGUAUAUGAAAAAUAAGAAAACUCGCCGGCAGAAGAAGAAGAAAGACGCGAAGAAGGACGCCCAGCUAAUCAACGAAGUGUUGUCGGAUGCUAAAAUAAAAUUGUGGACCGCGUGCAAGCUGGGGGAUAACGAUCUACUGUCAUCGGCUAUCGACGACCUGUUGGCCGAAGUUAAAAAGUGCGAGGAACUGGUGGAGCAAAUCAAGGACGACGACGUUAACGUCGAGUGCAAUAAUCCUCUGGUCAGCAUGCACGACGUGGCGAAGUUGGUCAAUGAAAUUAACGAAGACGGUAACACUAUGUUGCAUUUGGCGGCGCUCGGCGGACACUUGAAAUUAAUAUGGCUGCUGCUGGAAAUUGGAUCCGAUCCCUGUAACAAGAAUAAGAAGCUGCAGACACCUUAUGCAGCUGCGAACGAUAAGGAGACCAGAAAUAUGUUUAGAAGGUUCAUGGCAGCUAAUCCGGAGAAGUUUAAUUACCAAAAGUCUCAAAUACCCGGGCCGCUCAACGAUGAGAUAGAACAUGAGCAAUUGGAGAAGAAGAGGCAGCAGCGGAAGAUAAAGCGUUUGAAGGAAAAGGUCAAAAGGAAGGAGUUCGAACAGAAGAAGCAGGAGGAAGACGAGAAACAGAGAUUCCUCAAUCUCAGCGAUCGAGAAAAGAGAGCAUUAGCCGCGGAGAAACGUAUGUUGAACCAAGGUUACGUGAUGUCGCGAUGUUUUCAGUGCGCUGUCGACAUGACCGGUCAGGUGCCUUUCGAGUAUAAUGCCAAUCGCUUCUGCUCCAUGCCGUGUCUCAAGGAGCAUCGUCUUCACAAUAAAUUUGUUAUCUGAUGGUGUAUCGUGUAUAGCUAGCGAAACUUUUGUACCAUCAGUCAUGCAUUCUUGAUUGAACCGACGAUCACUCAGUUCCCGGAAUUUCGGCCGCAGAAAGGGGGUUUUUGUGAGGCAGUCCUCUUCAAAUGAUAAAGAGGCUUUGGAUUUAUGGCUCGGAAUAUUAAAUGGAGUGCGCCAACAAUGGCGACCGUAAGGACAAAUGUACGACAUCAGUACAAUGAUUUAUAUUAUUGAUCUAGAUGUACCGUUAAUUAAGCAUGUAAAUUCUGAGCGUACAUUGUAAUAUGCGGUAUAUUUAUUGCCUGAAUUAUAUUUUAUUCUGUAUCUAUGUCGAAUAUUACGUAAGUAUGAAGAAUGUGAGAAUUGUAAAAGAAAAUUUUUAUAGUAUACAUUAAAAAAAAAAGUACAUAUUA